UCAUAACUUUAAUUCCUUUUCUCAAUUGGUCAGUUUUCAGUAAUUUUCGUUUUUCAGAUGAAGCACUCAGUUCUCGUUCUAACUGCCGUUACCCUGACCCUCAUUUUGAGGUGUCAUGCACAGAUAGACUGCAACUCGGGUCCGACUAACAAGAGAAACAUAAGAGCUUACUCGGACAAAUGUCUUGCCAACGGUUUCCCGACGAAAAUUGCCGGAUGUGUAACCAUAGGAUCUAAUACUUUGUCCGGAGUUCGGGCGAAGACGUGCAGGAAACUACAUCAACGGCUUAACGCCUGUGCCCUCAAUUGUUUAAAAGCAGUUGAUGGAGGAUUCAGUGCCUUUGGAGAAUGGUCAGAGUGCUCAGCUGAUUGUGGAGAAGGACAACAGACCAGGGAAAGAAGCUGUAAUAACCCAGCCCCAGCUAAUGGUGGUGCUGAUUGUAAGGGAAGUUUGACAGAAGCACAAAAUUGCAACUCCGGUUCUUGUUCAGUUGAUGGAGGAUUGAGUGCGUUUGGAGAAUGGUCAGAGUGCUCAGCUGAUUGUGGAGAAGGACAACAGACCAGGGAAAGAAGCUGUAAUAACCCAGCCCCAGCUAAUGGUGGUGCUGAUUGUGAGGGAAGUUUGACAGAAGCGCAAAAUUGCAACUCCGGUCCUUGUCCAGUUGAUGGAGGAUUGAGUGCGUUUGGAGAAUGGUCAGAGUGCUCAGCUGAUUGUGGAGAAGGACAACAGACCAGGGAAAGAAGCUGUAAUAACCCAGCCCCAGCUAAUGGUGGUGCUGAUUGUGAGGGAAGUUUGACAGAAGCGCAAAAUUGCAACUCCGGUCCUUGUCCAGUUGAUGGAGGAUUGAGUGCGUUUGGAGAAUGGUCAGAGUGCUCAGCUGAUUGUGGAGAAGGACAACAGACCAGGGAAAGAAGCUGUAAUAACCCAGCCCCAGCUAAUGGUGGUGCUGAUUGUGAGGGAAGUUUGACAGAAGCGCAAAAUUGCAACUCCGGUCCUUGUCCAGUUGAUGGAGGAUUCAGUGCGUUUGGAGAAUGGUCAGAGUGCUCAACUUAUUGUGAAGAUCAAGGACAACAGACCAGGGAAAGAAGCUGUAAUAACCCAGCCCCAGCUAAUGAUGGUGCUGAUUGUGAGGGAAGUUUGACAGAAGCGCAAAAUUGCAAUUCCGGUCCUUGUCCAGAGGUCAAGAACAUCGCAAGCAAAGGAAUGGCAAAACAGACUGAUACCAUGGGUAGCGGUUACGCUGAAUUAGCUAUUGAUGGCGAUAAUAAUGGCAACUAUGGCAAUUCUGUAACUCACACUGAAGCAGCUGGUAGUAACGCCUGGUGGUCGCUGACAUACCCUCGCUCAAUGUUUAUCAAGGAAAUCCAAAUCUUUGGACGAACAGAUUGUUGCUCGGAACGAAUUGAUGGUGCCUCUGUCUUAAUUGAUGGCAAGGAAGUAGGAACAUUAAACCACAAUGAUGGAGCCCCUAUGGUUGUGCCGGUUAAGAAAGUUGGCUCCGAGAUAAUGAUCAGAAAUAUAGAAGGUGGAGCCCAGCUUUCUCUUGCUGAAGUUCUGGUGAUGGGGGCUAAAAUAAAAAGUGAUCCUUGCACGACGGGGUACUGCGACAAUAUCGCAUCAGAAGGAUUAGCAACGCAGAUAGACACUGAUCACAAUGGAGAAGCUUCCCGGGCCAUUGAUGGCAAUACUUCCAACAGAUGGGGAUCGAAUUCGAUUACCCACACUAAAACGGAAGGAACAAAUGCCUGGUGGAGAUUGACAUUCCCAGAUAACGUGUACAUGGAACAAAUCAAGGUAUAUGGACGUGAAGACUGUUGUGCUGAUAGGCUCGAUAACGCCACUGUGUAUGUCGAUGGUGAACUUGUUGGGACUGUGAACUCUAAAAUAGGAUUCCCCAAUUUGAUCAACAUCGCCGUAAGCGGACAAGUGAUAGAAAUAAGGCCAGCAGACCGCCAGCCUUUAUGUCUCGCUGAAGUUGAGGUCAUCGGCAGUUUGAUGCAGUAGAGUUAAAAGGAGCUGACGCUGAUAUACGAAACAUUCUAAUGAAAAGAAUCAUAUCAGUUAUAUUUAAUAAUUUGAUAGCCUGUUGCAGCAAUUGGAAUGAUUUUUUUUAAAACUUCGUUGUUUUCACCUUAUGUGAUAUUUUAACAUGGUCUUUAGGGUUUCAAACGUUUACUUUUAGACAUUAAAAUAGACCUUGCAAUUAA